AUGGCCGUACUCAGCCGCCUCCAGCUCGUUGCAUCUCAGCUAACGCGCCGCGGCCUCGGCCUUCCGGCCCGGCGAGGCUACGGGUCGGCGGCUGCGGCUCAGCUGCAGUACGAUGACGACUAUUACUACGAAGAUGAGGAAGAAGAUCGGAGGACGGCGAGUCGGAAUCGAAUGUUGGACUCCGACGGGUGGGUCCCGGGGAGAGGGAUACAGUGGGUGUUGAUAGGGGACAGAGGGGCAAAGAAGCACUUGUACACCGAGAGGCUCUCGAAGCUUCUGGAUGUUCCGCACAUUUCUAUGGGCACCCUCGUCCGCCAGGAGCUCAGCCCUCGCUCUUCUCUCUACAAGCAGAUUGCCAAUGCGGUGAAUGAAGGAAAGCUUGUUCCGGACGAAGUGAUUUUUGCAUUGUUGUCAAAGAGGUUGGAAGAAGGAUACUACAGAGGUGAAAACGGAUUCAUUCUUGAUGGAAUUCCUCGAACAAGAAUGCAAGCUGAGAUUGUUGACCAAAUUGUGGAUAUUGAUUUGGUAGUGAAUUUCAAAUGCGCGAAUGAGAACUUGGUGAAGCAGAAUCUAGGAACUGAAAGCUCCUCUGCUUGUCAGGAAUAUCUUAGCUUGAGCAACUCCAUCCCCAUGCGUAAUCUAAAUAUGCAGUUGCCGGAUGAACGACUGAAAUCCUCCACUGCUGAUGCAGAGCAGUUUAUGACCGUUGGAAAAUGGAAAUGUGAAUUGUUGCUAAUUGGCCGGUUAUCCAUUCCUCUCUUAUCUCAGAGCAAGUCGUUGGAAGAUUACUACAGAAAACAGAACAAACUCAUCGAUUUUCAAGUCAAAGCUGCGCCCGGAGAAACCUGGAAGGGGCUGUUGGCUGCUUUACAUCUCCAGCAUAUAAAUGCUGUCAGUUCUUCCCAGAAGCUAACUGCAUGA